UUUUUCCUUUUCUUCCUUCAGUUGCACUAAUAAAAAUCUACUCCGAAGCGGCAAAGCCCUAAAAACGGAAAAAUGCCGAAGCCGAAACGGUAUGAAUGGAGAAUCAAGCAGAAAAUCCCCCAGAAAGCAUCAUCAUCCGCCCCGCCACCGCCACCACGGUGGGUGGAUCUCCCUCGAGAAAUAACGGCGGACAUCCUUCGCCGUGUGGGAGUGGUAGAUACAUUGCUAAAUGCACAGAAUGUUUGCACUACCUGGUGGGAGGUGUGCCAUGACUCUUCCAUGUGGCGAGUCAUUGACAUGCGCAAUGCAGAAGAUGUGGAAAUGGAUGGUGUCUUCCACAAGGCGUGCCGCGUUGCUGUUGAUCGCAGCCAGGGUCAGUUGUCCAAAAUUAACAUCGAGUAUUUUGGUAACGACUAUUUGCUCAAGUAUAUAGCUGAGAGAUCAAAUCAGCUAAGGCAUCUACGACUUGUUGGCUGUGAUACUAUUUCAAAGGGAUGUUUGGCUGCAGUUGCUGAGAACUUCCCGUUGUUGGAGGAGUUGCACAUUUACUUAUCUGCUAUUAAUAUAGUGGAUAUAGAAGCAUUUGGUCGUUCUUGCUCUCAGCUAAAGUCAUUUACAUUGAACGCCUGUGGAUUUAGAGGAGGAUUGACAGGAUUUAGUAGAUUACAGAUCAAUGUCAAUGAUCAAGCUCAUGCUAUUGCAGUAAAUAUGCCUGAAUUGCGACACCUUGCCCUUUUUGGGAAUACCAUGACAAAUGAAGGUCUGUGUGCUAUUCUUGAUGGCUGCCCCCGGCUUGAAUCACUUGACUUGCGCCACUGCUAUAGUAUUGAUCUUGAAGGGGAUCUAGAAACGAGAUGUCGCCAACAGAUUGUAGAUCUGAAGUGCCCUCAUGAUUGCACCCAUGGUUAUGAAUUUAGUGCUCAAAUUUGUGAUUACAACCCUACCGAUGAUGAGUCUGACCUUGAUCUCUCAGACUAUUAUGAUUAUGAUGACUAUCAUGAUUUCGAGUAUGACGACUUCAAUAACCCCUUUGGAGGCGAGUAUCUUCUAGAUGAGGAUGGCUUCUUUUGGUGAGAUCGUUUGCUACCUCAAAUUUGUUAAUGGUUCUUUGGUUGCUGGGUCAACUGCGAGUCGUCCAUUGCUGGUCGCAGAUUUUUAAUUUUUAGUUACUAAGGCAGGCCUUCAUUCUCUUCCCUUGGCACUUUACUGCUCUUGGAACUUCCUGUAAUUACUGUGUUCUCCCCAUCUGCUUUGGUUCAUAAACCCGUUACUUUAGAUAAAUUUGGGAAGUUUCUUACUGAAGGAGGUUUUCAACGUAUAUAUAAAAGAGACUUCACAUUUUA